AUGGUAAUGGUCGUUGAAAUUUGAAGGAAGGAACCGCACGUACUCUCUCUCUCUCUCUCUCUCUCUCUCUCUCUCUCCAAUGGCUUUCUCAGCAAUCACUACGCACUGUUCCCAAUUCGUUCGUCUUCGGAUCUCUUUUCCUCAAACACAAACUCAAACUUCAGUUUCUUUUGGAUUUUCUCCACCAAAUCUCCGUCGCCUUAAACCACUAUCUAUUCGAUCAGUUUCACUUCCCGCCACACCAGCAUCUGGGUCUCUCGCCCCUGCAAUUUCGCUUACAGAUAAUGCACUGAAGCACUUGAAUAAGAUGAGGUCUGAACGAAAUGAAGAUUUAUGUUUAAGAAUAGGUGUCAAACAGGGUGGUUGCUCUGGUAUGUCAUACACGAUGGAUUUUGAGAACAUGGCCAAUACAAGGCCAGAUGAUUCCAUCAUUGAGUAUGAAGGUUUUCUAAUCGGUAUGAUUCAUAAUCUGUUUCUUAUCAUUAACAUUUAUAAUCCACAAGGUGGGCUUAAUCUCCUGUUUCUUUUUGGGGGUGUUAAAAUAUUUGGCAUGCUUUGGCUACAUCCAUUAUAUAUAUGCAAUUUUUCAGUUUGGUUUGUCAAGCUUGCCAAUGCACUUCACAUGACAAACUGUGACACUGUAACUUCCGGUGUAAAAUUAUUCUCCUAAUUUAGCUAUUUGACCAAGACAAAAUGUGUUCCAGUUUCCAGUUUGCUGUUGCAAAUAGGCGGAGGGUACUAAAGAAGUUAUGGUAGUGAUGAUAAUAUUUAUUAUGUUUUAAUUAGGUAGGAGGUUUUGGUUCAAUGUGGGUUAUAUAAUUGAUUUUAGGCAUUUAGCAUGUAAAAAUAUCUUUGCACAGCCCAUAGUUCAUUGUUUCCUUGGGAAGAAGUAGUGGUUCUACGGAGCACAUAUGGUUGGAAACUUAAAAAAGUUUUAUUUAUUACUUUAAUCAAUUGCAAUAGAGAACGAGUGAUUGUAUUUAGAACUUAAACGUUUGCAAUUACAAGAAUUAAUUAAUCUUCCUGGAUCCAACUAUCAUAACAGUUUAUGCACAUUCUUUUUGCUUCAUGUAUCAACUUUGUUGAAUAUAAUUUUAUUUUCAGAACAUUGAAGCCAUUCUCCUACUAGCUUUAUGUUGAUUCAGUUGGAAAUAAUUUGAAUACUAGACUGAAUUGAAAGCUUGGUUCCCUCAACCUGAUCUUCUUUUCUUCAUUUUAAGCCUUGUUUGUUAGAGUCUUUGCAGCUCUGAUGGUGGAACAACAGUUAAAAAUGUUUUUUUCAUAACAGUGCACUUGGAUUUCCUCCAGUAAUUAAGCUUACAGUUUUUGAAAACAAAAUAAGGAACAAUAAGCAAACUGUCUCCCAUUUCACGCCAAAGCAAAAAUAGUGCAUGUAUAUGGUAACUGAUACUUGAGAUUUCUUUCUUUGUAUAUUUAUUAUUAAUGUAUUGACUACAGCGCUUGAUGUUUCAGUUUAAGUUUUAAAUUAAACACUUCAUAAGCCACUGCAUGGCAUAUUUUGACUUCUGCAUGUGUUUUUUCAGUUUGUGAUCCUAAGAGCCUACUCUUCAUAUUUGGCAUGCAAUUAGAUUACAGUGAUGCUCUGAUUGGAGGGGGUUUCUCUUUCAAGAAUCCUAAUGCUACACAAACUUGUGGAUGUGGUAAAUCCUUUGCUGCUGAAAUGUAAAGUAAUGUUUAUAGACAGACAGUAGUUACAAUACUAGAGGUGAUUGUUUCAUGCUAUACUCUGGACUAUAUAUACUUUUAUAAUUAACAGAUAGAGAUUUACCU